AAACUGCUUAAUUUCCCCAGAUUUUUAUACGACUUGAAUGAAAAGUUGGAAAAGAAAAUGGAAAUAAUUGCGAAAGAGAUUUUUGGCGCUGACGGCAUUAAUAUAUUGCCACAUGCUCGGAAACAACUGGACAUAUAUGAGAAACAGGGCUUCGGCGAUCUUCCAGUAUGCAUGGCAAAGACACAGUACUCGCUCUCACAUGAUCCUAGCAAAAAGGGAGCUCCGAAAGGAUUUAUAUUGCCGAUACGAGAUGCACAAGUGGCAGCCGGUGCUGGAUUCAUUUUUCCGAUGUGCGGUGAAAUACAGACGAUGCCUGGCUUACCAACUCGACCGUGUUUUUUCGACAUCGACAUUGAUCCCAGAACGGAACAAAUUUCUGGCUUAAUUUGA